UAGUGGAGGCCUGCGGUUGGGAGGGGACCGGAUUCCAAGAGUUGAAUCUGUGCCGUGAUCCAAUCUGAACGAAUAGAUCGAGCCGGAAACGGAGCGCCACAGAAAUCCAGGGUUAAUAGUUCCAGGGGGCGAUCCCAUAAUGUCUCAGACUGGAGAAAAAGUCAAGUUCUCUGACUCCGCCGGCUAUGUGGGGUUUGCAAACCUACCCAACCAAGUUCACCGGAAGUCUGUGAAGAAGGGCUUUGAGUUCACCCUCAUGGUGGUUGGUGAAUCUGGUUUGGGAAAAUCCACCCUGAUUAACAGCUUGUUUUUAACGGACCUGUAUCCUGAGAGAUAUAUCCCAGGGGCUGCCGAAAAGAUUGAACGCACAGUUCAAAUUGAAGCGUCCACCGUGGAGAUCGAGGAGCGCGGAGUGAAGCUGCGUCUCACUGUAGUUGACACGCCAGGAUACGGAGACGCUAUUAACAGUCAGGAUUGCUUCAAAACCAUCAUCCACUACAUAGACAACCAGUUUGAGCGCUACCUUCAUGACGAGAGCGGCCUUAACAGACGGCACAUCAUCGAUAACCGCGUGCACUGCUGCUUCUACUUUAUCUCACCCUUUGGACAUGGAUUAAAACCUCUAGAUGUUGAGUUCAUGAAAGCCCUUCACGGAAAGGUGAACAUUGUGCCUGUCAUCGCUAAGGCAGACACCUUGACCCUUAAAGAAAGGGAGAGACUGAAAAGGAGGGUCCUCGAUGAGAUUGCUGAGCAUGGAAUCCGCAUUUACCAGCUUCCAGAUGCAGACUCGGAUGAAGACGAGGAGUUCAAGGAACAGACCCGAGUCUUGAAGGCUAGCAUCCCGUUUGCAGUCAUUGGCUCAAACCAGCUGAUCGAGGUAAAAGGGAAGAAGAUUCGUGGUCGUUUGUACCCAUGGGGAGUGGUGGAAGUCGAGAAUCCUGAGCACAAUGACUUUCUCAAGCUCCGCACAAUGUUGGUGACGCAUAUGCAGGAUCUCCAAGAGGUCACUCAGGAUCUGCACUACGAAAACUUCCGCUCAGAGAGGCUAAAACGCACCGGGAAGCCUGUGGAAGAAGAAGUCCUGGAUAAAGAUAUGAUUUUACAACAGAAGGAGGCUGAGCUGAGGAGGAUGCAAGAGAUGAUUGCCCAGAUGCAAGCUCAAAUGAGGAUGAAGCCCUCUGGAGAUGAAUAAAAUGCAUCUUUAAGGUAAUCUGGACCAAUAUUAGCCCUCCUCAGAAGACUUUCUCGAAGUUGGAUUUCGCACGCCACGCGUCUCUCCUCUUUGAAUACUCCUUUCCCUGUCUGUGUUGUUCAUUGUUAACCAUGUAACAUGUCUUAUUAAGUGUACUUUUUAUAUUCACAUAUGUUAUUAUUAACUUAGCACACAGCUGAUUCAACAGAAGCCUAUAAUUUUAAUUUUAAACCAAUUCUUAGAAAAGAUGGAAGUCUUGUUGCCAGCUGUGUGUCUGUAUGAUCCUGUUUGUGUCACGGUCUGUCAUGAUCACUGCAUUCCCUUGUCGUUGUGAGACUUUUGAUAGCCGCCGAUGUUUCAGAUAUGCACACACAGUGCUUAUAGAUAACUUUUUAAAAGAAAAGUAGAACUAGAUACAGCCGCACUAAAUUGCAGCCUAAGGUACGACACAGGUUUAAAUUGAUAUGAUGGAUAUUUAUAACUUAGUUUUGGAUAAUAUGGUACCUGCCCUUUCAUAAAGUGCCUUGACGAUUGGGUGAGCUUGGAGGAUCAUAGUAAAACUUUUCAAUGUAAUUACACAUUUCUUUCAAGGACAUAUGCCAUUAAACUGAUACUGUUUUCCCAUUCG